UGUUCCUAUCAUUUUCCAAUUCCAGCUAGAGAAUUUGCAGAUCCAUUUCCCAAACAUCAUCGAUCGAUCGAGAGAGAUUUGCAAAUAUAAUUUGGGUAUUUGAAUGUCUCAAUUUGCAGAUCCAAAGGCCAAACACUGAAGUGAGUUAGAGAGAUUUGAGUUUGGUUUCAUAGGGUUGGUAAUACUCGUACAAGAUUUAUCUUCCACAAUAUUGUGUUUCUGAUCGAUCGAGCAGAAAAGACACAGGAGAUUAUAUCUGAAAUGGAUAGUGAGGCUGCUGGUCCAAGUAAGAGGAGGACGAUUAUAUCUGAAAUGGAGUCUGAUGCUUCAGCCACCUCCGUUCCUGUUCCAGGAGGCGAAUACGAAGUGUUUUUGAGUUUUAGAGGUCCAGACACUCGCUGCACAUUCACAGAUUUUCUAUAUACCUGUCUCAUUGACGCAGGUGUUCGCACCUUUCGGGAUGACAAUGAGCUUCGCAAAGGAGAAGAGAUCGGCCCUGAGCUCCUCGAAGCAAUCAGGGAGUCCAGUAUCUCCAUCCCCAUCUUCUCCAACAACUAUGCUUCCAGUAAAUGGUGCCUCCGCGAGCUGGCUCAGAUGGUGGAUUGCAAGAGAAGCACUGGACAAUUGAUUCUGCCAAUCUUCUAUGAUGUUGAACCAUGGGAUGUGAGGCAUCAAUCUGGGAGUUACGAGGAAGCCUUUCGCAAGCACGAGAGGUGUUUUGAUGAAUGCACUGUUAUGAAAUGGAAAGAGGCACUCAAACAGGUUGGAGAACUCAAGGGUUGGCAUGUCAACAAAGAAGCUGAUCGGCAUGGGGAAUUAGUCAAAACGAUUGUUCAAACAGUGUCGUUGAACCUGAAGAAAAAAUGCAUGGUUACAUUUGACAACUUAGUUAUGAUGGAUGAUCAUCUGAAUGAAAUGAUGAGAUUAUUAAAUGUUGGUUCAAAAGAUGUAAGGAUUGUUGGUAUCCUUGGCAUGGGUGGUAUUGGCAAGACAACUAUUGCCAAGUCCAUCUACAACAAGCUCCUCCAUGACUUUAAAAAUUGUUGUAGCUUCCUUGCAGAUGUUCGGGAAAAUGUCAAACAAUACAAAGAUAAAGGUAUUGUUGAUUUGCAGAAUCAGCUUCUCAACGACACUCUUAAGCCGCACCCUCCCAUUACUAGUGUUAAGGAUGGAAAGAACGCUAUCAAAAGUCGAUUUCCCAAUAAGAAAGUUUUCAUUGUUCUUGACGAUGUGGAUGAAAAGUCUCAAUUUGAUUGGCUUGUGGGAAACCGUGAUUGGUUUGGUCCAGGUUCUAGGAUCAUAGUUACAACUAGAAACAAGCAUGUUUUAAAUAUUCUUGAAGUGGAUGAGACUUACGAACCUCCAUUUAUGAGCCCAUACCAAUCUCUUCAACUUCUCAGCUUUCAUGCUUUUCGGAAAAAGUUUCCUCCAAUGGACUUUGAUAGUAUCUGUAGAGAGGUGGUGUCAGUUACUGCAGGGCUUCCUCUAGCUCUUGAGGUUAUAGGUUCAUUUCUAUCUGACAAGCCAAAAACAGUAUGGGAAGAUACAUGGAAGAAGUUGAAGAAAAUACCAAAUCAUGAAGUUCAGGAAAAAUUGAGAGUAAGUUAUGAUGUAUUAACCCAUGAGCAAAAACAGAUAUUUCUUGAUAUUGCAUGUCUUUUUAUUGGGAUGGAUAAAACAUAUCCAUUUUACAUGUGGGAUGACUGUGAUUAUUUUCCGGAGACGGAAAUUAAUGUCCUUUGUCUCAUGUCUCUAGUAAAACUUGAAAAUGAUAAUGUAUUGAGAAUGCAUGAUCAACUAAGAGAUUUGGGUAGGGAAAUCGUCCGUCAAGAAGAUUUUGAGAAUCCAGAACUGCGCAGCAGGUUGUGGGAUCGACAAGAAGCCUCGGCUGUAUUUGAGGAAUGCAUGGUAACUGAAAAGGUCCAACUCCUAAAUCUUGAUGCUGCUGGAAAGACGUUUGAGAAUGACAAAUUCGCAGAACGAUCUAAACUGCGGUAUCUCCAAAUAGAUGAAGCUGAAGUUGUUGUUGGGGAUUUCAAGAAUCGCUUGUUAAACUUAAGAUGGCUUUGUUGGCGAGAUUCCCUUCUGCAUUUUGAAGCAACCAAUUUUCAUAUGAAGAAACUAGUCAUACUUGAUCUAAGUGGUAGUACGAUCCCAGAGAACUGGAAGGGUUGGAGUCAAAUUAAGAUGGCAAGUAACUUAAAAGUGCUUGACAUUUCAAACACUGAAAUACGGGAGCUACCUGAUGAAAUUAGGAUGUUAAAUAAGCUGGAAAUUAUAGAUGCACGUGAUUCUAGAUUGACAGGAAUUCGAAGCCUACCAACAAGCAUUCAUACCCUUGACCUAGGACAAUGCGUUGAUCUCGAAGCACUGCCAGAGCUUCCCUCAAGUUUACAAGUUUUACGUGUAGAGUUGGGGAGUUUUCAUGUUACCCCUAAUCUUGCAAAUCUGGUUAAUCUGCAAGUCCUACGGUGUAAUGAGAUUCCUGAAAACAUGAAUCAGAUAAUUUUCAAGGAUAUUGUUGAAUUAUCCAAAUUGCAGAGAUUGGACUUUGGAUGUAGCAACGUUAUGACGCUACCGAAAGAGAUUGAUGCCCUUUCUCAGCUCAAAUUCCUCAAUCUAGAAUCAUUCAUUGAACUUCAAUGUAUAUUGGGUUUACCUCCCAACCUGGUUGGAUUAUAUAUUGUUGAUGUUCCGGCAUUGGAAAUACUACCAGAUCUGUCAAAUCUGAAGCUCUUGUCGGAAUUGCGGCUUAAUGAGUGCGAAAAGCUGACAAAGAUUGAAGGGCUUGGGAAACUACAAUCAUUGACGAGUUUGAUAAUAGAACAAUGCAUUGAACUGAGAGAGAUUGAAGGACUUGGAAAUCUAGAAUUGCUGGAAAGUUUGAGAAUAGAUGGGUGCGGGAAGCUGAGAGAGAUUCGAGGACUUGGAAAUCUAGUAUCGCUGGCAAGUUUUUGUAUGCGAUGGUGCUAUAAAAUAGUUAAACUUGAUCUGCUUGAAUGUUCGGCACCUCUAACAUCCUCAGAGAUGAGGAGGUACAAACACCCUGAAAAUAAACCAGAUCGGUCCAACUUAAACAAGUUAAAAAGCUUUGAAGUUCUUGAAUGCCGGAAGCUCGAAAAGAUCGAAGGACUACAUUUAUUGGUAUCAUUGGAAUGUUUGGUUUUGUCGUUUUGCUCGAAGCUAUCAAACUUGAAAAUGUUGUACCCUGAAAAUAAACCAGAUGGGUCCAACUUAAACAAGUUAAAAACAAUUGGAGUUACUAAUUGCAAGAAUCUCAAUAAGAUCGAAGGACUACAUAUAUUGGUAUCAUUGGAAUAUUUGGAUUUGACGCAUUGCUCAUCCCUGGUAAGAAUGCCGAAUCUAUCAAACUUGAAAAUGUUGAGACACUUGCUGCUCUAUGGUUGCAAGAGUUUACGUGAGAUUGAGGGCCUUGAGGCUUUGGAAGCCUUGGAGGAACUGGACAUCAGGGGGUGCUCAUCGCUGGAAAAAGUACUGCAUCUGCCGCGCGAACACAUACAUUUGAUGAAAUAAUCAAACAUUGAUGAAGAGCAUAGUAUCAAAAGAAUACUCCUAGUAAGAAAGGUACUACUCUAUUGGUCUGUCCCUGUUCAUAUAUGGUUUGAGAAUGAAGCUUAAUGGCUUUGCUUCCACUGGUGAUAAAGGUGAGCUUCUUUCUUGUAUUGCAGAUCAGAAAUUAACGGAGUCUGAAGCAGAUCUCCAGACAAGUGAGGUGAGGACGUACAAAAAGAGGUAUAAGGUGAAUCCACAAGCAUUAUGAAAGAAAUGGUAGCUUACAUUAUGGAACACAGGGAUGGCUACAAGCUUGUCAAAAGGGUUGUGAAGAAUAAUUUUUAGAUGUUUGUGAUCAGUUGUACAAAAUAAAUAAGUAUUGUAGUUAGACAGAGAGGUUUGAUGCAUCACUUUUUGAUUAAUUAAAUUCGUACAUUUGCCUCA